GCCAUGUGUACUUUAAUUUCGGAUGAAGAACUUGUUCAGAUGUCCAUCUCUGACCUGCGUUGCAUGCUUGAGAAACACCAGGUCACUCAGGAAGAGCACAGAGAGUUGCGUACCCGACGUCGCCGCCUUCAGAACAGAAAAUACGCCAGGAAGUGUGCAUUGAAAAAGAUGACGGAAGUUGAACAUUUGGCAGCUGAAGUCAAAGGCGAAACCACGGAACUCCAGGUUCUUCGUCGCCAGUUAGACCGUCUCAGUCUAGCGACCCUCCGCAUCCAGCACCAGGAGUCCUUAUUGGCCAAGUUUCGACAACGUCUCCAAUUAGCCAUCGACAGCAACUGCGACUCCUCUGCUGAGUGUGUUCACUCUGUUCGUAUGCUCCGCUCUGAUGGGACUUCUUGUGGCACAGCUCAUCUUUGUAGAACCGCCCCUACAACAUCAUCUUACCAUUCACCUGUUAGUUACACCGGAACCGGAUCGUGCGUGCGUGCACCGUCGUAUCAGGCAUAUCGAGCCUCACCACAAACGCCUAUUCAGCUCGCUGCCGGUCCUGGAAUGCCAUCCAGCACGAGUUCCCUGUACUCGGCCUGGCCGCCUGGUGACGCUACUCAGCUGAAUCCACGUUUACGUAUGCACUUGGUGCGUCCCAUUGGCUGUGGUCCCGUGAUGCACGGACGUCAUCUAUCCGAGUUUUAAGCAUCCACAUGGGUGUUUGUCUUCAUUCAACUGACUCGUCUCACUAUCGUCUCAUUGUCUUUUCCUGCCUAUAUUCUUCCACUAACGCAGCGCUAUUUUACAAUUCGAUCAGUUGGGCAAGCGUGUACUUUUGUUGAAGCUCAGCUCUGCAGCAUGCUUGCGGGCGUGUUUGGUAAAAGGCAUUCAUCCUCUGUCUUCUUUCAAUAGAUGCACCACACAAUAUCCUCACGUUGCAUCUUUUACCUUUCCGUGUUUGUUGACUUAUGUUGAGCUUGGUGUUUUUGCCAUGGCUGCCACGUCUUACGCUCAGCGUACUACCCACUCCUCCCCUUGCUUGUGUGUUCACACGUGUCAUCACUUUUUCCGCCUUUCUUACGAUUCCUCAUGUUCUUCGUAUGCUUAUAAGCAAAUGCCUACAUUUUCGCACACCCCCUUAUUUGCCUACUGCUUCGGUUUUCUCUUUUACAUUGCACCUAUUUCCUUCUUCUUCUCGUCAGCUUCUGAGUGGAAACUUGUCCAACUUUGCUAAGUAAGGGUAUCGCAUGUAGCUUGAGAUUAGUUGCCAUCUUUUCAGGGAGCAUCAAUUGAUUUGAGAAACGACUUGACAAAUGGGCAUAGAAAAUGAGGUAUGCGUGUUUCA